AUGUUGUACAAAAACAGAAACAUGAAAUUCUGGUGGUUUCUAAUCCUGGUGGUAUGCUCUACGUGGUUGAGUACCGGCCAUGGAGCUGUAAUUGGUCAAGAACUUUGCAACUGCCAACCUACAUUGAUUAGAACACCAAAAAUAUUAAUUCCUAAACCUGGUCAACGUGUCAUCUGUACUAAAAUACCGGGUGCUCAAGAAUACACACCAAUAAAAAAUGCAUGCACUUGUGUAAACACACGGGUGAUGCCGGCCUCGAUGGCCGCAAAUCAGGCUCAAGUAGAGAGCUGCAAUGGUGGUGGCGUGGAUGCGGCACUGCCUCUGUUCGGUGAACGAGGUGGCGCGUUUUUCCCGGAAACCACGUGUGGGGCAGCUUCACCGCUCGCCGGAACUCCGGUAUUCCAAGACACGCCCGGCCCGAACGGCAUAGACGAACCAGCAGCGGAUCUGACCGGAAACGGGUGCUGUGGCCCACCCACGGCCAUUGCGGUGGAUCCCGUGUCGCUGAUGCUGGCGCAGGCCGAGGCCAAUCGGUGCCGGGGUGACGUGCGCGAAGGACGUUUGGCAUUCGGGCAGGUCGCCAUGCCAAGAGACGCAUUGCCACCACCACGGACCGUUUCGGACGUCAACGAGGAGGGCCUCUAUGCGCUGGACAAGGCCAUCGUCGAGCUGAAGACAUGCAAGUCGCGGUUCGCGGACGACGUAACCGCGCUGGCAACGGAAGCCGACGCACUGCUGGCACUCGAGGACGACGCCCUGCAACCCGUGGACGAUGCCGGACCUGUAGUAACGCUGCCCAGUUACGCAGACGUUGGCUACCAGACCGAAACGCCAUCCUGUUCGCCACUGGUGGUCGGUCCGAUCGCAAAGCCCAGCGGUAGCACCACUUGCACCGUGUACGACGACACCGGUGCGACGCCAACGCUGACUACGGAUUCUACUGUAGGAUACUCGUCGUCGGGAUGCCGUUGCAGUAGCAAUAAUUCGUCAUCGCAGAAACGGUGCUCGUGUAGAAAGUGUUCGUGUGGCAAGUGCUCGUCCAGCAAGUGCUGGCAUUAA